AAAUUUUGGGGAAUCUGCAUUGCUUGAAGAAAAUUGAGUAGAUGUUUACAAAGUGGGGAGUGAAUAACUGAUUUGGACAGAAGAGGUGGAGAUGGCUGCAAAACUUCUGCAUUCUUUAGCUGAUGACAACCCAGAUUUGCAGCAGCAAAUAGGAUGCAUGAAUGGGAUUUUCCAAAUUUUCGAUCGACACCAAGUCCUCACUGGUAGGAGGAUUAGCCACCACAAGAGGCUUCCUCCAGGGAAUUCUCACUUCAGCAAUGGUGGCCUGGAAAGGGAGACCAACAAUACAUACCAUCGGCAAGCAAUAACUGACAUAAGUUCGAACAAAAAUGUGAAUGAGAAACACAGACUCUCAACAGAGUCAUCACGGGCCUCUUUCUCGUCGACUUGUUCAUCUUCUUUAUCAUCUCUGGAGUGUAACAGAACAGCACAACCAGGAACCUCUUCCUUUGACAGAAUCAUUUUCCCUGAAGAAACUCCCUCAAGGGAUUCAGUGACUAACCACUUAAGUACCUCCCCUAGAGUUGGAAGGCAGUCCCUUGAUCUCCGUGAUGUGGUAAAGGACUCGAUGCAUAGGGAAGCUAGGGGACUAUCACUGAAAACUACAAUCAAAGAUGAAGCAGCCGGUAAUGCAGUGAACCGCAGAGACUCUCCAAGACCCUUGCAGCUUUCUAAACCAAUGGAUGGAUCCACUGGAGUAAGGACCAAUGACAAGAAGAAUAUGCCUGCUGAUCUCAGGGAGUCUCUUAGAGUUCUUGCUCAACUUCGAGAAGCGCCUUGGCAGUAUAAUGAAGAUAAAGACCAUCCAAGAUCCUCAUGUGAAUCCAAAGAUAGUUUUUGGCAUACCCUUCCAAAAGAUGCUCCACGAUUUUCCUAUGAUGGGAGAGAGAUGAAUCGUUUAUCCUUUGAAUCAAGAGAUACCUUCAGGUCUACUCCCAAGCCAAAAGAGUUGCCGAGACUUUCACUGGAUAGCAGAGAAGGUUCAAUGCGCAGUUCCCACACCGACUCAAGAUUAAAUCAUCUUUCAAAAGGUUUUCAGAAUAGUGGCAGCUCCAAUGGCAGGGAUCCUAGUCUACCUCAGUCAGCAGGAACUCAGAGUCGACCUAGUGUUGUAGCGAAGUUGAUGGGCUUAGAAGCAUUGCCAGAUUCUGGAAGUAAAUUAAGUCUGAUCAAAACCAGCCCAGUUGCAGAAAGUGAUCCUUUCUCAAAACCACUGAAGACAAACAAUCUAUACAGGCCUAUUCGUACUCCUAACUCCCUGAGAAACUCUCCGAAAGAACCAACAUCACCAAGGUGGAAGAAUCCGGAUCUUGUAAUGAGACCUGUUUCAAGUUCAAGGUUUCCAAUUGAACCAGCACCUUGGAAAAUGCAGGAUGGACAUCGAGGUUCUCAGAAACUAUCUUCCAAACCUGUAAAUGCUCAAGUAAGGACCCAAAACUCCUUCCCUUCUGUUUAUAGUGAGAUAGAGAAGAGAUUAGAUGAUCUGGAAUUCAAACAAUCUGGAAAGGAUCUUAGAGCUCUUAAACAGAUAUUGGAAGCAAUGCAAGCAAAAGGGCUGUUAGAGACCAAAAAAGAAGAGGAAGCUUCAAAUUUUGGAACUCAAAAGGACUGUGAACCAGAAUGUUCUAGUUCCAAUCCAAACCCAAGGUCUGUGAAUCAACGGAACAGAAACAGCCAUGCUAUGUCUUCCAGAAUUAAAAGCUCUGAUUCCUUGAGAAAUUUUGAUUCCCCGAUUGUGAUCAUGAAACCUGCAAAGCUUGUCGAAAAGUCUGGUCUUCCCUCUUCAUCAAUGAUUUCAAUGGAUGGCCUCUCUGAUGUCCAUACUGCUCCUAGAGGGGGAACACUAGACAACAGGAGGGUUUCAACUAACAGCAGAACAACUAAAGAUCAUUCUCCUAAGAACAGUAGGAAGGACUCUUCUGUAGGCUGCACUGACAAAAAGCCAAGUGGCAGGAAUGUAAAAUCAACACAUUCUCUGCCAAAGGAAAACAGUGCAACACAUUCAGCAAAGAGCUCAGGAUCUGUGAGCCCAAGACUACAGCAGAAGAAGCUUGAGUUAGGGAAGCCAUCUCGUCCACCUACCCCGCCAUCUGAUACAAGAAAACCAAGAAUCAACAGGCAAUCCAGCAGGCAAUCAACAGAAUCAACUUCUCCUGGUAGAAAACUCAGACCAAAAUCUUCCAACUUGCAGCAAAGUGAUGACCAGUUGAGUGAGAUAAGUAAUGAAUCUAGAAGGUCGAGUUUCCAAGGAGACGACAUAGAUAUGGAAGAGUCUGACAUUGUACGAGUUACUGAUACAAAUGAUAGCCAGAGUCCAUCUUUGAAGGCUUCCAAGUAUUUAGCUUCUCCGUCAAUGCGACAGAAGUUAACUGCAAGGUUAGAAGAAGAUGGAUCUGCUGUGGAACUCGCUACAGCUGCUCCAGAACAUCCUAGUCCUGUCUCUGUACUUGAUCCCUCAGCAUAUAGAGAUGAUGCUCUAUCUCCAGUAAAGCAGUUGCCGGAUGCCCUCAAAGGUGAUGAUGCUGAAGAUUCGAAUCUCAGAGUAUGUGAAGAUCAAUGGAACCCUGCAGAUAAUCUUGCCAGCGGUGGGUCUGGUGUUACCUCAGAGAUCAAUCGUAAGAAAUUGCAGAACAUUGAGAACUUAGUUCAGAAGCUUAGACGAUUGAACUCUAGUCAUGAUGAAGCCAGAACAGACUAUAUUGCAUCACUAUGCGAGAAUUCAAAUCCUGAUCACAGAUACAUUUCUGAAAUAUUGUUAGCUUCAGGUCUCCUACUUAGAGACCUGAGCUCCAGCCUGACAACGUUUCAGCUCCAUCCCUCAGGUCACCCCAUCAACCCUGAGUUGUUCUUUGUUUUGGAGCAGACCAAGGCUAGCAGUAUGCUUGCAAAAGAAGAAUGUAUCCCUGAAAAGGCAACUCACGCAAAGCAAGAGAAGUUUCACCGGAAACUCAUUUUCGAUGCUGUUAAUGAAAUUCUUGUUGAUAAGUUGGGCUUAGUUGACAUCUCUCUUGAGCCGUGGUUGAAGCCUGCAAGACUGGCAAAGAAAACCCUCAAUGCACAAAAGCUUCUUAAGGAACUGUUUUUCGAGAUAGAACAAUUUCAAGCCAAGAAAAUUGAGUGCAACUUGGAGGAUGAUGAUGAUGGUUUGAGAAGCAUUUUGUGUGAAGAUGUGAUGCACAGGUCAGAAAGUUGGACAGUGUUCCAUGCUGAGAUUUCUGGGGUAGUCUUAGACAUUGAGAGGUUGAUUUUUAAGGAUUUGAUCGACGAAAUUGUUAUUGGUGAAGCAGCUAGCUUGCGUGCCAAGCCAUCAUCCAUACGUCGAAAGCUGUUUUCUCAGUGAUGAUCUUUCAGUUUUCCAUCUUUUUUCUUAUCUAUGCUGAUUUGAUUAUUUUGUGACAAACAUCACAAUAAAUCUAUGUGUAAGAUCUAUAGUGUUGUAAUUCAUGCUGCCUUGUAAAGAAGGUUUAACUUGUCAAAGUUGUCAAGAUACGUACUUUGGAAGAUUAAUAUAUAAGACCCUUGUUUCUU